CCCUGGUAGUCGAAUCAUAGCUGCUGUAGUUAAAGAGAACAACAGACGUCCAAUCAUGGGCGCCCAAACUUUGAUCAUGGGGACCACAAAGUAGCCGAUCAAAUCUUCACCGUUAGCGAAAUGGUUACACAGCAAUUUUCCUAGUAUCCGAUACAUCGUGUACUUUCUCGCUUCCGCCUAGGUUUUUCUGGAGUUCCAUCUCGGGGUCUCGUCUCUUUCACGACCUUCAACAGAACGGUGGUCGAUCGUUGGCGGCCGAUCAAAAGAAGAAACUAUGGCCGCCCCCGAAGCCCCUUUACGUUAUGUCGGUGUCCCUCGUGAAUCCGCGGCUUUCCGCCUCAUGAAACAAAUGGGAUGGGAAGAAGGCGAAGGACUUGGGAAGGAUAAGCAAGGAAUAAAAGGGCACAUCAGAGUAAAGAACAAACAGGACACAAUUGGUAUUGGUCUAGAUAAGCCAAAUCCUUGGGCAUUUGAUACAGCUCAGUUUGAUAGUAUCCUCAAAAGAUUGAAAGUGAAAGCGGCAGACAACAGUAAUGCAGUCUUUGAGAAGAAUGAUACUGAAGUAGACACUGAGGUAGAUGCCAAUGAUGAAGUUCAGGAUUCAGCAAGUAAGGCUACUCGACCACAAGGAAGAUAUAAGGGAAGAGAAAGAGGGAAGAUGGUCCAUGCAUAUUCUUCAAAGGAUCUUGAAGGGAUUCUUGCUUUCCACGAAGUGGCAGGGAUAGAGCUGGUCCCUUCGGAUUGGCUUAAGGGUAGUGGUCAGGUGGCAGUAACGCAACAGAUUACUCAAGACGAACCCUUAAAGAUGGUUAUGAAGUGUCAUGAGUGCAAAUUGGAGUGGGACUUUCGGUUAGAGCAGAAAUCGGUGACUUUUGCAGAGAUCCUUUGCAAGCCGCCGACAGCCACAAGAUGGGAGAUGAGAGGUCACGUUCGGGAGAAAGGGCAGGAAUUGAAAACCACAUUACUUGGGCCGAAAGGGGAAAGAAGAAAAAAAUUCACGUGGGCUGAAAAAGGUAAAUGGAUCGCCCAAACUGGACCGAGUAGGAAGUUGGGUAAAAAACAGGUUAAAACAAUAUGGCUACCCAAACACGUCAAAUUUGGUCCAACCAACUUAAAUUUACUGGAGAGAAACAAUUUGCUUGAGAAAAAUAAAGAGGAAAAAGGAGAAAAGCAGUUUGAGGAAUUUGUUAUCGCUAGUGCUUGGGAGGAACGAGAGGCCGAGUCGUUAGUGCCGAGUGUGGAGGAUACGACUGAUGUGAUUAGUGAGAAAAAUGGAGAAACAAAUGCUGUCACUAAUGUGGACAGUGAAACGACAAUGGUGGAGGAGUACGAGGAAGCGAAAGAUGAGAGAGACAAUUUGGUGUUAGUGUGGUUGGACGUGACUCCUCUACAGUGUGAUGCCUUGAAUGAUGCCAUUCAGGUCUGGAGGGAUGAGGUUAGCUUGGAGAGACAGUAUUCAGAAUGA